AUGGUAUUUGAAGCUGUGAAAUUCAUCAAUAUCGCCUCCAGACCCAUAUUUGCGUUUCUAAAUGAAGAAAAGUUUAACGUGGAUGGGUGGACAGUUUAUAAUCCAGUCGAAGAAUACAGAAGGCAGGGCUUGCCCAAUCACCACUGGAGAAUAACUUUUAUCAAUAAGUGCUAUGAACUCUGUGACACUUACCCUGCUCUCUUGGUGGUUCCAUAUCGUGCCUCAGAUGACGAUCUCAGGAGAGUUGCAACUUUUAGAUCCAGAAAUCGAAUUCCAGUGCUGUCAUGGAUUCAUCCAGAAAACAACACAGUCAUCGUGCGUUGCAGUCAGCCUCUUGUCGGUAUGAGUGGUAAACGGAAUAAAGAUGAUGAGAAGUAUCUCGAUGUUAUCAGGGAGACUAACAGACAAAUUUCUAAACUCACAAUCUAUGAUGCAAGACCCAAUGUAAAUGCGGUGGCCAACAAGGCAACAGGAGGAGGAUAUGAAAGUGAUGAUGCAUAUCAUAACGCCGAACUUUUCUUCUUAGACAUUCAUAACAUUCAUGUCAUGCGGGAAUCUUUAAAAAAAGUCAAAGACAUUGUUUAUCCUAAUGUGGAAGAAUCUCACUGGUUGUCCAGUUUGGAGUCUACUCAUUGGUUAGAACAUAUCAAGGCAAGGAUCCAGGCACUAAAUGUCAGUCUCAUGAGAGCUAUGAAAGUUACAGAACGAACAGUAUCUUUAUGGUCGCUGAUAAACAGUAAUAAGGACAAAUUCAAAAAUCCCUUCUAUACUAAAGAAAUCAAUCGAGUUCUAUAUCCAGUUGCCAGUAUGCGUCACUUGGAACUUUGGGUGAAUUACUACAUUAGAUGGAACCCCAGAAUCAAGCAACAACAGCCCAAUCCAGUGGAGCAGCGGUACGUGGAGCUCUUGGCCUUGCGCGACGAAUACAUACAGCGGCUCGAGGAACUGCAGCUUGCCAGCUCGGCCAAGCUCUCCGAUCCCUCGACUUCGCCUUCUGGUCCUUCACAGAUGAUGCCGCACGUGCACACUCACUUCUGAGAGGGAACCCCGGUGCCGCGUUAGAGCUCUGAAUAAAGGAGAUGGUUGACGUUCAUUUAGGGCCUCUGUACAAAGUAGAUUAAAAUAAUUGCCUCCGUGUAGAACUUGAACUAACAGAAUCUUAAACUCUUGAAUAUGUGCCUUCUAGAAUACAUAUUACAAGAAAACUGGUGUCUACAGGGCAAUCAGAAGAAAGGAGCCAAGAUGGGGUUUUGGAAAAUCCUGACACCUUUCAAGAACAGUUUUUGAAAGAUAAAAUUGAAAUUGAAUUUACCUCUUUCGAAAUACUGUGUAUACAAUACGUAUUUUGUGGGCUUAAUUGGAAUGACAUGAUUUUAAACUUAAGUGAAAAAAUAUGUUUGUGAACCGGAUUUUCCUUAGGCUGCUUCUAAAUAGUUGCUUUGGAGUAAAACGAGCCCAAAUGUGAAAGAUGUUAUUGCCAAAACCAGAUCGAGCUCAUCUUCUGAGGUAUCAUCCAAAAGCAAGGUGUUUAAAUAAUUGCCAAACUUUAUACCAUCGUCAGUGGUGGCUUAAAGAGAAAUAGCUGUGUAGAUGAGUUUUUCGUUAUUUUGAAAUUUUGGAAUCUGAAGUGUUUUCCCCUAAUUUUCAAGAGGAGCAUAUUUUUAUAUUACACUGAUGGGGCCCAGUCAAACAUGAUUUUUUUUUAAAAUUUUUUGCCAGUUCUAUUUUCUAAGUUCUUCCAUGAGCUUGCCUAAAAUUCUGCUCCAUUUUCAGGUUGUGGAAACCCCCUUAUAUAGCACUGUUUGAGGAUGUCGGGGGCAUUAUGCUGCUUUGGUGAAUGUUUUCGCAAACGUCGCUCUAGUCAGACCAGCUUAUCUGCCAAAGUGUGGGGUUGACCACCUUGGAUGUAUGAGCUGUUGCUAGAGCAUCAUUCUUUGAAAUAAAAGCCACAGAUGUACAUUUGUUGAGCGUAUUCUUGAAAGUAUUGUAUUUCAAUUUACAUGGUGUUGGAUGCCCCUCCCCCCAAGCGUGCAUUAAACUGGUUCUACAAAUUUUUACUUGAAAUGUACCCAGCAGUUUGCUUUUUCAGGUUUUUGGGGAGUUUUUUUUGUUUUGUUUUUGUUUUUGUUUUUGGUAAUAGUACUAGUGGUAAAUGAAGUUUCAAAUGCAGUUCUAUUUGAUAUCUGAACUAAUUCAUUUAGUUAAGUAUAUUUGUAAAAGUUAAGGCUAGAGUUAAAACAAUUAAUGUUUUACAGUGAUUUGUAAAGGACUAUUUAUAGCUAAUAUGGUUUUGUUUUCAAUGAAUUAAGAGAUUAAAUAUAUAUCUUUGUAAAUUAUUUUAUGUCAUAGCUUAAUUGGUCUACCAAAUAAGACAUCUCAAAUACAGUAGUAUCGUGUAUAAAUUUUGUAUGUAUAAGAAAUUUUAUUAGACAUUCUCUUGCUUUUUGUAAACGCUGUAAAUAUUUCAUAAAUUAACAAAGUGUCACUCCAUAAAAAGAGAAAAGCUAAUACUAAUAGCUUAAAGGAUUUUGUGAAAUGUCAUGAAAAAGUUUUCAUGACAAUAAUGACUAAAGACCUGCUGUAAUAAAUGUAUUAACUAAAAUAGCA